CAAACAACUUCACAGUGAGUGAGCUAAGCUUUUCCUGGGCCUUGAUAAUGACUCUCAGUUCCAUUGCACAUAAGAGUCAUUGGAUGAAGGCGUCUUCUCUGUAUAGGGUAGUUUUGCAAAUAGCCAUAUUGCGCUUGGUCUGAACAUUAAACCGCGUCACUUGCGGUAUGGUUUUGGAAGCAUAAUGACCUCGGAGAUUUACAUUUUUUUUAGCACACCUCUAUGGGGCUAGUGCUCCCACACGGCCAUAUAACCAUGUUACAGCGCGUGUUUACGGAAAACAGACGGAAGACAGUCGACUACCUGCGCUAAUUAGCUAUCUGAAUCUCACCUGUGUGUAAAUAGAAGAUGGACGCCACAAACGCGUGUCACUGAAAAAUACUGUCAGCUGUAACUGUGUCUAAAAAAAAACGGUUAAAACAGUGUACAGGUCUGUCUGUACUCUGAUCCGCCCUGAGGGCAAUGAGGCCGUGACUGCCCUUCUCUAGCAGCCAUGACAGAGCUGGAGAUUGAUCACUCCCACCUGCCACGGGUCCAGGAAGUGUGCCAUGUUUUUGCUGUCCUGGAGGAUGGAGCAUUGGCACAAAACCUACAGGAACAGGAAAUUGAGCAGUACUACACCACCAACAUCCAGAAGAACCAGCUGGUGCAGAAUGACAUCCGCAUCGCCAAGAGGCUGCAGGAUGAGGAGGAGGUACAGAGAGCUCAGCACAGAGCCCUGAGCCAGGCGUCUAGACAACUUGAGGAACAGGAUUCGAAGUAUGCCUGGAUGAUCCAGGAGGAGAUCCAGAGAUGUGCUGAUGAGGCUCACAGGAGGGAGCAGGAGGAUGAGGAAAUGGCUAAACACAUCCAGGAAGAGGAGGAGCUGAGCGUCAAACAGAGGAGCAGUGGGCAGGAAAGCCUCAGUGAUGACGGUACCAAGGUCCGGGGCUCACCCUCGUCAUGCCCACGCCUGCCUGCUCUCAGCACCAGCCCUAGCCAGGGAGAAGGGCUGCACCGUCAGCCUGCUACCAGCAGGUGGCAAUGUUCAAUCUCUAACACACAGCCACAGUCACACUCUACUGCUGAGCCUCUGUAUGAGACCCACAGGUCAGCAGGACAGAAUAACAGAACACAAUCAUCACAUAAUGGACACUCUAAUCUGCCUAGACUCAUCAGAAACUACCUCCAAUGCCCUCCACCAGACUAUUUGAGUGAUGAAGGCUCAGAGGACGUAGACACUGUUUUCCCUGAACACCUUCCUCCAUCCCGGCCCUGUAGACUGGAGAAAUGGCUCAAUACUGCCCCUAGUCGUUGCCAGGCUUCUGUGUACCAACUACCGGAGAGGAGUUACAGGAGUCUCGGCAGUCCCAUCAGCUCCAGAGAAGAGCGCAGCAGGAUGUGGGAGAGAGGAAGUGGAACAAGGGAGGAAAGGCAUAGGGGGAGUUGUCAGGACAGGGAUAGGAGGGUUAAGGAAAAGAGGGCUAGGAUUUGGGAUAAGAAUCCCAGGGCAAAGCAUGACCGGGGUUAUGACAGGGACCCCAAGUCAGAGGAGGGGAGAGGGUGGCGCUACAUCAGUAGUACAAAUGACUCUGCCAGAGGGCUGCAGGAUAGAGACCGAGACGGGGUUAGGAGGAGGUGGACCUACAGAGAAACCAGCGACAACAAACAAGUCCGCUUCCAGGACAAUGCCAGCAGGCAUUGUUAUAGUUACCAUGACGACGGCAGGCGAGCAGUGAAUGUAUGGGACCUGAUUGCCCAUGACUUAAGAGAGAGGGGUGUGGCCGUGAGGCAGAGCUUCCACGGGGGGUCAAGGUCACAGGGGGUCAGAGGUGAGGUCAGAGACUGCCAAGUGCAUGAUGGGGAAAAUGCCGUUGCCCACAGUGACUCUCAACAUCAACAGAGAGCUUUUCUACGAGCUGUCCCCACCAGGCGUAGUUACCAUGGAGAUGUCGGGGAAAGAAAGAGAGCCUCACAAAGCGAAGGCUACAGUAACCAAGGCCAUGGAGGAGAGGGAGAAAGAAUCCUUGAAAACCUGACCAUAGUGGAGGGUAGUGGGACUGAGGUCAAUGUUGAACACAGCAGAGGGAGAGGGGGGAGGAGGAGUAGUGGAGACCCUAGAAACAGGGUCAGCUCAGGUCGGGACCAGGAGAGGGAUGGCAGGGAUGAUAGGCACCAGCAUAGUGAGCGCAGGGUGAGGAGUGCAAGUGAUUGCCAGCAUGGGUAUAAGCAGGAGGAGCAGAACAGCUCAGAUGAGGAGGAAGAGAGGAGGGAGGAGAGACCCCUGCGGAGAGCCCACCAUUUCAACCAAAGCUUCUGCAGCAGAGGGGCCUCCAUCAGGGCCAGAUCUAGGCACACCUCCAAAGCAGGUUCUACAGGAGCCGCACUGCAGCCAGAGGAGGGGGUGUGUCUGGACUUGGGGGAACUGCACCAGGUGUUGCUGGAUGAGGAGCUGGCCAGGAGGCUGCAAAAGGAGGAGGAGAAACUGUUGACUAGGAGCCCUCCAGCCCGUUCUUCCCUCUCUCAACAUGACUCUUACCCAGAGGGAGACUUCAGAGUUGCACAAGUGGCUCAGGAUGAGGAAAUCGCCCGCUUCAUGCAGAAACAGGAAAUACAGUCGAAUCGCCAGUCACGUGACCUUAAUGGCCCGGGAUCACGACGUGAACAGCAUGACCUGGCUGACCCCCACAACAGGAGAACUGUCAGAGAGAGACCGAUUCAGCAGGAGAGACUGGACUCCGAGGGCCUUCCAUCUCCUACUGAGGAGUGUUCUCCUGACUAUCAGGCCCCUAGCCCCACCUCAACACUAUCACAACAGCCAAUCAGAAACAUUGCAGAGGAACUGGACCCAACUUUCAAGACCAAGAGACCAGGCAAGGAGAGCAUCAGAGCGGGACAGACCAUUUCUGGCCCAUCCUCUUGUCAGUCUCGUCCAAUCCCCCACUUACAUGACUUCAUGGAGGAGCCUACGUUCAUCCCGCCCACGAAGAGGCAAAGCGCCAAAUCAGGACGUGCCAUAUCCAAAGAGAAGAAGGAGAACUUGUUUGCAGGUACAGAUGUGUCUUACGUGCAGCGGGAAGAGGUUCCCGGCCCUUUCCACACUCCUGGACACAGAAGGAGCAGUGGCCAUCACCACAUCUGAGUCCUGCCUUACAGUCACACUCUGUGUCCUUGCUUCUUGUACAGGCCUUCUUAAGGGUCAGUGCCCCACCUACACACACACACACAAAAGCAUGCAAAAGUGGAGUAAAAUGAAUAAUUGUUAAGUCUAAUUUAUCAAACAAUAGACAUUUCAGUUCAGGGGUAAAUAAAUCAUGUUAAAAGGUCAAAUAUCCUGGUGACAUACCUACACACUGAGUACACCUGCGACAGGAGAAUGAUAUUGUGUCAGUUGUGUAGGUCUCAUUCCUACAGGGAACACACAGCUUUUUCGGGUCUGGACCACAGGGAGUCACCAGACGGUUCCCUACACAAAUACACACACAGACAACAUUGAACGUACUAUAUUGAAAUCAAAUCUGCAUCCAUAAUAACUCAGUCAGGUGAUUAACAUAAUUUGCUUCAUCUGUAGCAAUUGCAGUGGACAUGAAUAUAUAAGGUAAAUUCUUUUGAUAGGAAUCUAUUUCCCUUCCCACAUAGAGCUGAGUUUAGCAUUGAUCUGAUCCUGGGUGAUCAUUAUCCAUCCCCUUUAAUGUGGUCCUAUUAGAAACCACUGAAAAUCAACUGGGUCACUGUGGUAUAACCACUAAAGAGGAAAUAAUAUUUAAUUCACAACCUGGGAUACACUAGAUUAUUCAUCCCCAUGAAAGACAUGGGCUCUAUUCAAUCUGCCUCCCAGAAGUUAAUUUGUACAGCUUUGUUGACAUUUAAAGGCAAUGUUCCAGCUUUAGCAGAGACAUCAUUCACGGUUAACGCUGCAUAUGUCAUGUCAAUCAGAAAUUAACUUUACAUUUCUAUCGCGGAAUCUGUAACGCUUCAAUUUUACAGAUUGAAUAGACCCCAUAAUUUCACCAGAUAAACCCUCUAGAAUUGAAUUCUCAAAAUCCAAGCCAUAUUACAUUAAUUUACCGAGUACUGUUAAAGUUAAACCAUAUACAGUUGCCUAGUUUAGAAACUUACCUGGAUGGCAGCUUUCACAGCAGAUAUCCGGAGAACCAGCAGAGGUUCUCCAUUGCGCACAGCCUAUCGCUAUCUCACCAGUGCUACUCAGACAGCCCGGUAUGAGCAGAGAGAAACACAAUACCCUGAGUACCAGAUGCAUCGUCUUUCACAGUCCUCCAGACCAAAUAUAUAGCUACGGGACACAGCCGGGCUAUGGAUUCCAGAUGACAGCAGUGCAAGUGAAAAUAAUAAUAAUCGAAAUAGAAUUGACAUUAACAAUGGUAUUUAAUCUACUUGAAAGCACUUUCUUGUACCAGUAAACCCAGAUAAUACGAACUGUCCUUGCCUUAAUGUACCCUACCAUUGUCUUGAGGGCGUGGCUAAAUAUGUAUUGACGGUAGGUAUUAAAACCAAUGAUUUUUAUGUGUUGAACCCAGCGUGCCAAAAAAAAAAAAGCCUGCCUUCAUCGUGGCACUCCCCCCACGAUUGUAAAAAAAAAAGCUGGAGAAUGCAUUCGGAUUUAUUAAAUUGUGACACAUUUACUGUAUUACAGACACCUUAAUGCAUACUUUUAAAUUAUAUUAUGUGAGCUAAACAUACAAAUAUAUAUUUUUAAAUAUAUUAAAACAUUUUCGAUAAAGUAUACUUUUUUGAGAUUACUAAUGUUAUUGUCCCAUCUACAACAACAAAAUACUUAAUUAAGCAAUAAGGCCUGAGGGGUGUGAUAUAUAGCCAAUUUAUCACGGCUAAGGACUGUUCUUAUGCACAACGCAGAGUGCCUGGCUACAGCCCUUAGCCGUGGUGUAUUGGUCAUGUAACCCCCGAGCUGACUUAUUGCUAUUAUAAACUGGUUACCAACAUAAUUAGAGAAAUACAAAUACAUGUUUUGUCAUACCCGUGGUAUACGGUCUGAUAUACCACGACUGUCAGCCAAUUUCUACUGCCAAAUGAACACACUUCUAGUGGCAAAUGUGUGAAAUUACAGCCAUGGUAUAAAAGGGAUAAUCAACUCGGGGCUCUAUAAGUUCUCUGGAAAAUAAUGCAACUCCGCGGAAGGUCACUUUACUGGAUUAUCCCUUACUUAAAUUCAUUUGAAUCAUGAUGGUGCAAUCAUACUUAUCUAAUUGUUUUUCCAAGUUGUGUUUCCAACAUUAAAGAGGCAGUGCAGUCAAAAACGUGAUAUUCUUGUGUUUAAUAUACACUGCUCAAAAAAAUAAAGGGAACACUUAAACAACACAAUGUAACUCCAAGUCAAUCACACUUCUGUGAAAUCAAACUGUCCACUU